AGUCCCAGGCCCCUGCAUCUGACAGAGGAAGAAAGACCCUCUCAAGAUGUCUUCCAAUGAUGGCCCCAUAGGAAACCCAAUGACUGAGAGAAAUCCCAGUGACCAUCCUGGAAUGAGUGCCAGUGGCCAGAAGACUUUGGCUGAAGAAGCUGUGUUGAGUUUCCAUAACAUCAGCUAUCGAGAAACAGUGCAGAGCGGUUUUCCUCUUUGUAAAAUGACCCAUGAAAUAGAGAGACUGUCAAAUAUCAGUGGGAUCAUGAAACCUGGCCUCAAUGCCAUCAUGGGUCCUCAAGACAGGAGCAGAUCUCUGUUACUGGAUGUCUUAGCAGCAAGGAGAGACCCACGUGGAUUAUCAGGAGAGAUUCUGAUAAACGGAAAACCCCGGCCCGCCAACUUCACAUGUACUUCUGGUUACGUACCACAGAAUGACGUGGUGAUGGACACAGUGACUGUGAGAGACAAUUUAGAGUUCUCAGCAGCUCUUCGUCUUUCAAUGACUACAACAAGAGAUGAAAAGAGAAGGCACAUCAAUGAGGUCCUUAAACUUCUGAAAAUAGAUAAAGUGGCAGAUCGCAAGCCUAGAUCUAAGGAGCUCAGGAAGAUAACUGGCAUAGCAGUGGAGCUGGUCGCUGACCAUCCCAUUUUGUUCCUGGAUGAACCCAUCACUGGCUUGGGCUGGAGAACGGCGACUGAUGUCAUCUCAGUUCUGAGAAGGAUGUCGAAGAAGGGACGGACAAUCAUCUUCUCCAUCAGGCAACCUGUGAACUCCAUCUUCAGAUUGUUCGACAGCCUCACCUUAGUGGCCUCAGGAAAAGUCAUGUUUCAUGGGCCAGCGAAGAGUGCUUUGGAGUACUUCGAAUCCGCAGGUUACAUAUAUGACCUCCACAAGGACCCUUUAGAUGUCUUCCUGGACUUCAUUAUUAGAGGUGCCAUAAACAACACAAAGGAGGACAGCCAUGAAGCUGAUGAACAUGAAGAGUUUUUAGAGACAGAACAUCAAGUCACAGAAAAAUUAGCCAGAAUGUAUAUCCAGUCUUCCUUCUUCAGUGAAACAAGUAUGGAACUGGAUCGAGUCCUGGGGGAGCAGCAGGUGGAGAUGAGCUCAGCCUUGGAGGUCUCCUGUGUCACCCCCUUCUGCCAUCAGCUCGUGUGGAUUAUACGUCAUUCUUUCAAAAAUGCCAAGGGUUUUCUAAGGGUCACUAUGACUAAGGCCCUUAUCACCGACUUCCUGGCAGCUGCUGUAGGAAUCAUUUUCUGGAUCAUAAUAAAAAAUGAUUGUAUUGAAAUCGAGACUAGGGCCGGCCUCCUUUACCUGCUCACAGGCUUCCAGUGCAUCACCAGCAUAUCUGCAGGGAGGCUCUUUGUGACUGACAGGGAUCGCUUUCUACACGAGCACACCAGUGGGUACUACAGAGUGCUGCCGUACUUCCUUGGGAAGCUGCUGGCGGAGCUGGGACCCAGGCGGUUACUGCGAACUGUUCUCAUUACUCCCAUAACAUUCGGCAUAGCAGGAUUAAUAUCAAGUGUGAAGGGCUUCUUCGCUAUAAUGCUCACCGUCAUGCUGCUGACUUAUUCUGCCAGCUCCCUGUCACUGUCUGUACACACAGGGGAGAAAGCCUCACCUGUGCGAACACGGUUGGUGACCAUCUACUUUGUGUUCAUGAUGUUUUUCUCAGGUCUGUCCCUAUGUUUUGGAAGCUUACUGCCUGCACUCUUGUGGAUUCAGUACUUUAACAUCCCUCACUAUGGAUUCCAGGCUUUGUUGCACAAUGAAUUCUUGGGACAAACCUUCUGUCUAGAACACAAUGGAGAAGAACUCAGCAGAUGUCAGGACCAAGUAAUAUGUUCUGGUGAAGAGUUCUUGACAAUGCAGGGCAUUGAGCUCUCAUCGUGGGGCUUCUGGAAGAAUCACGUGGCCUUAGCUUCUAUAAUGAGUAUCCUCUUCACAUGUACUUAUGUGAGAUUACACCACAAGAAACUGGAAGUUCUCAGGUCCUGGGUGAGAAAGUUUCUACAGUUCUUUAAAUAGAUGUGGUUCCAAACUGUCUUCUGAAUGUUUGUAAUUAUACUCAUGGACAACUGCUACAGCCAGCAUCACCCAGAGAAGAUUCCAUCACUGUGAACAGUGGUGAAUGCAGAGACCCAUGGCUGCUCACAGUACCAUGACUAAGUGAUACUUGAGGGCUUAGCCCCAAACAGGACACCUACAGCACCCCCUCCAAAGCUUAGGACAUUGUAGAAAGUGUGCAGGAGCCAGAAGAUGAGAAGGGCUGAAAAUGCGAUAUGGUGGGCAUG